AUUUCUGAUCAGCAUAAUGCUGGAGCAAGAGUGUGGCAGCGUGCAGUUUUCAAAAUGGCCGAGUUGGACACCGAUUUGGACCACAUCAUUCCGUCUUCUGUUCUUCCUACCUUUUGGGCUAAGUUAGUAGUAGGGUUUGUUUCCCUUGUGUGUUUUGCACGCAGCUAUGAUGGAGAUUUUGUCUUUGACGACUCUGAAGCUAUUGUUAACAAUAAGUUGUAACGACCUGUAUACCUUCAGGACAUCGCAUGUUCCUCAAGAUACAGUUAUUUUUUUCGUUUGCAGGAUCUCCAAGCAGAAACGCCCCUUGGCGACCUGUGGCAUCAUGACUUCUGGGGCAGUAAACUGAGCAGCAACACCAGCCACAAGUCCUACCGACCUCUCACCGUCCUGACUUUCAGGUAAUAAGGAGGGGACACAUUCUUCUACCUUCUGGGUGCUACUGAGUAUUCUCUUGGGAGCAGUGGCCAUGCUGUGCAAAGAACAAGGCAUCACCGUGCUGGGUUUGAAUGCAGUAUUUGACAUCCUGGUGAUAGGGAAAUUAAAUAUCCUGGAAAUGGUCCAGAAGGUACUACAUAAAGACAAGUCAUUAGAGAACUUUGGGGUGCUCAGGAAUGGGGGUCUCCUCUUCAGAAUGACUCUCCUGGCCUCGGGGGGAGCAGUUAUGCUCUACAUACGUUGGAAAAUCAUGGGCACCGGCCCGCCAGCGUUUACGGAGGUGGACAACCCAGCCUCCUUUGCCGACAGUGUGCUGGUCAGGGCCAUCAACUAUAAUUACUACUAUUCACUGAAUGCGUGGCUGCUGCUGUGUCCCUGGUGGCUGUGUUUUGAUUGGUCAAUGGGCUGCAUCCCCCUCAUUAAGUCAGCCGGUGACUGGAGACUAAUUGUACCAGCAGCUCUGUGGUUCUGCCUGAUCGGCCUCCUGUGCCAAGCCCUGUGCUCUGAAGACAGCCACAGGAGAAGGAUCCUUACAUUGGGCCUGGGAUUUCUCGUUAUCCCCUUUCUUCCUGCAAGUAACCUGUUCUUCCGAGUGGGGUUUGUGGUCGCAGAGAGAGUUCUCUACCUCCCCAGUGUUGGGUUCUGUGUGCUGCUGACCUUCGGAUUCGGAGCUCUGAGUAAACAUGCUAAGAAAAAGAAGCUAAUUGCUGCUCUCAUGCUCGGAAUUUUAUCCAUAAACAUGCUGAGAUGCAUAGUUCGUUGCAGUGAGUGGCGGACUGAAGAACAGCUUUUUAGAAGUGCCCUGUCUGUGUGUCCUCUCAACGCUAAGGUUCACUACAACGUUGGCAAAAACCUGGCUGAUAAUGGCAACCAAACAGCUGCCAUCCGCUAUUACAGGGAAGCUGUAAGAUUAAAUCCCAAGUAUGUUCAUGCCAUGAAUAAUCUGGGAAACAUCUUAAAAGAAAGGAAUGAGCUACAGGAAGCUGAGGAGCUGCUGUCUUUGGCUGUACAAAUACAGCCAGACUUUGCUGCUGCAUGGAUGAAUUUAGGUAUAGUGCAGAACAGCCUGAAGCGGUUUGAAGAAGCGGAACAAAGUUACCGGACAGCAAUUAAACACAGACGAAAAUACCCAGAUUGUUACUACAACCUCGGGCGUUUGUAUGCGGACCUAAACCGCCAUAUGGAUGCACUGAACGCAUGGAGAAAUGCUACCGUGCUGAAACCAGAGCACAGUUUGGCUUGGAACAACAUGAUUAUACUCCUUGAUAAUACAGGUAAUUUAGCCCAAGCUGAAGCAGUUGGCAGAGAGGCGCUGGAAUUAAUACCUAACGACCACUCUCUUAUGUUCUCGUUGGCAAAUGUGCUGGGGAAAUCCCAGAAAUACAAGGAGUCUGAAGCUUUAUUCCUCAAGGCAAUUAAAGCUAAUCCAAAUGCUGCAAGUUACCAUGGUAAUCUGGCUGUGCUUUACCAUCGUUGGGGACAUCUAGACUUAGCCAAAAAACACUAUGAAAUCUCUCUGCAACUUGACCCCACUGCACCAGGAACUAAGGAGAAUUACGGCCUUCUAAGAAGAAAGCUAGAGCAAUUGCAAAAGAAAGACGUCUGAUCCUUUUUCCUUGGUUUUUUUUUUUAAUCUGUGCGUGCGCGUGCAUGAGGCAUAUCAUUAAUAUUAUCUGGUUACAUUUAACCAUUUAAAAGGCCUAGAUGCGGUGUUGCUUAUUUUAUUCUGGUUUUUUUUUUUCCUAUGAAAAGAAAAAGAACAUGCAAAAAGAUUAUAGCACCAGCAGUAUACUCUUGAAUGCUUGAUGUGGUUUUUGCACUGAAAUUGUAUUUUUUCAGACAACUCGAGUGUAAAUUCUGAAACUCCUGGAAUGAAGUCUUUUUUAAUUAAAAAGAAAAAGAGAAAAAUUUAUUUUGAGCGGCUUUUAGUGAAAUGCAACCUGCAUUUGGGAUGUGAGUAUUGUAGCAUAUAGACUGGCACUUAUUGUAACAAGAAAUGGCAAACUGACUCUGACAAUUUAUAUAGAUGUCAAAUGUGUCUGUAUAUUAGAAUUUUUAUUUAAAGACGGGAAAGAAUAAAUUAAGAUUUUGUUCUAAUUCCUUUUUUAAAACAAUAUACUAGGAGCUUCGUUUGUAAGGAAAUAUUUAUUUGUAUUUUUAUGUUUUGAACAGAGCAAAUAAUUGGAUGAAGAAUGAAAAUUUCAACACCUAGAAUAUCUAUAUACUUUUUAGGAAGAAAUUGACUCCUGCAAUAUUUUUUGGAUUCGCCAGCUUGUGCAGUUUCGGUAUAUGGGAAAUGAUAUUGUGUUCUACAUAAACUGUCACUGCUGGUAACAAGUUCAAGCCCUGCUUUCGGCAGAAGCAGGAAGCAUGACGUCUUAGUUUUUGUUACGUCCAGCAUUAAGAGGGCUACACAUCUGUGGGAGUUGGUUUUUAAUGUUUUCAACCUUAAAGCAAUUUUCCAUUUUGCUUAAAGGGACUGCAGAAAUUACUGUGUAUCCACAAAAUGCAAGAAGUGAAAUUCCUCUCAAAAGGUGCCACAUUUGGGGAGUUUGUGGUAUUUUUAAGAAUUGGAUUAUUUUCUUGUUUUAUUUGGACAUUGCUAAUCAUGUUUUUUGGUUUUGUUUUGUCCUUCCAUAUAUGCUGUUGACCUGAUGGUUUAUGCAAUCUCUGUAAUUUCUUAUGCAGUAAAAUUAUCACACAAAACUGGU